AUGGGAAUUCUCUUCACCAGGAAAUGGAGACUGUUCGAUCACCAGGGGCACAAAGUUAUCAUUCUUGGGCUGGAUAAUGCAGGGAAAACUACCGUCCUUUACCAAUUUUCUAUGAAUGAAGUUGUACAUGCAUCACCUACAAUUGGAAGUAAUGUAGAAGAAAUAGUGAUUAAUCAUACGUGUUUCUUAAUGUGGGAUAUUGGUGGACAAGAAUCUCUUCGUUCUUCCUGGAACACAUACUAUACUAACACAGAGUUUGUAAUUGUUGUUGUGGACGGUACAGACAGAGAAAGAAUUUCUGUAACUAGAGAAGAACUCUAUAAAAUGUUAGCCCAUGAGGACCUAAGGAAAGCUGGAUUGCUGAUUUUUGCUAGUAAACAAGAUGUUAAAGAAUGCAUGACUGUAGCAGAAAUCUCCCAGUUUUUGAAAUUAACUUCUAUUAAAGAUCACCAGUGGCAUAUCCAAGCAUGCUAUGCUCUUACUGGAGAGGGAUUAUGCCAAGGACUUGAAUGGAUGAUGUCGCGAUUUAAGAUUAGAUGAUCUCUACUGACCUCUUCUCAUAGACUUUGUAUAAACGAAGUCCUGGACUUUACCUGAAA